GCUGUGGAACGCACGGCCGUAGCGCGUCGCGCCAGUCAAUUGUUUAUUUAUAAAUGAAACGACGCUUCACGAGUGCACGAUUCGAAAUUCGAAAUCUCCGAUUUUGAAUUCGAAUUUGGAACGCUGGGGAUGCGACUGUCGGAUGUUACGCAACUAACUCAGCUGUAUGAAAGUUAUCAAAAUCGAUUGUAAGGAUGCCUCUCGGAAUAUAGACCAGUUUUCGCUGUCACUGUGUCUAGGUCAAUCGAUUUAGGCUAAGAGGGAUCUUAUCGGUGCAAUUGUUCUUGUGAUUACACAUCAGUGGAUACGGAAGUCAAUGGUUUUAUGAGUUCAAUUAACAGUGUUAGUGUUGAAGUGUUGUGAUUUAUCGCUUGUGACGAAACUGCAUUUAGAUAUUUAGUGUUAAGUGUUUAGUUACUAUUGAUAAGAUGUUCGGCGUCCUGAUGAAGCGGUGGAAGCCAAAAAGGAUAUCCAACAACGAAAGGGAUGAGAGUCCGGGCACAGACGGUAACGUCUCCCCAGAGCCACCUGACAGGCCACCCGGGAAGGUUCGCCAAGUCCACCCCGAAGACAAAACGCAGGUCCUAGCCUACGACUCCACAUAUCGGAAGAAGAACAAACCAAAAUCCCUGCCACUAGAAGUGCAUUACAACCAUUUAGCAAAUACAAACGUUGCUUUGUCGCCCGUGUACCCGUUAACGCCAAACAUCUGCGUUGAAGGCGGGAAGAUUGAGUUCAUCAAAUCGCCGCCAGAUAGCGCGCGGAAUAGCGUGGCGCUAGCAUCGCCUCCUCAAACGCCUCUGGUGGCGAGGCGCGGAUCUAGGGAUAAGCGCGAGGUUCGUGUGUACGACGAACCGACGGAGAAGUUCGACGGUGAUAAGGAACUUUUGGAGAAAAGAAUCAAGCAACUGGAAUCCCAGUUGGAAGAAGAAAAGAGGAAGACCCAGCGAGAGCGUAUGGCGGUCACUAAGCUGCAGAACAAACUUAUAAAGCGCGAGGGUGCGGCGCGCAGCGAUGCGGAGCGCGAGCGGCGCGCGCGCGGCGACUGGGAGGCGCGGGCGCGCGCCGCGGAGGCCGACGCCGCCCGCCUCGCCGGCAAGCUGCACGCGGCGCAGCGCGAGAUCACCAGGUCAGUACCAGCACAGAAUAAUAAUAAGUACUACGUACAGAAGUUUUACUUCGCGAAGAUGAACAGGCCUGGUACCAGCUGUAGGGAUGCGCGAGGGAGCGGCCGCAGCGAUGUGAAGCCGAGCGACUGGGAGGCGCGGGCGCGCGCCGGGAAGGCCGACGCCGCCCGCCUCGCCGGCAAGCUGCACGCGGCGCAGCGCGAGAUCACCAGAAUGGAGGAGACAGUGCGCUCGCUGCUGCAGUACAAAAGCCGCGUGGAAACUUUAAAGCAGGAGAAGGUCUCACUAUCUUCAGCCCUGGAGGCGUCAGCAGCGCACUACCAGAGCCAGCUGUCAGUGCUGAGCGCUGAGAACGAGCGCUUGCGCGGCCAACUGUCAUCACUGUCAGCGGGGCUCGAGGGCGAACAUGAAAGGAAGCUGGAUGACGUCGCGCAGCAGGUCGUCAGGGCGCUGCUGUCACAGAAGAGCAUUCGCGAAGAGUUGGGAUGCGCCCGCGCACGCGUCCGCGAGCUCGAGGCCCAGAACCGAGCCUUGAGCGCGCUUCUGGUGCGGCAGUUGCGGCCUCAGCCGCGGCCUUCACCUGCCACUCCUCACACGCCCAUCACGCCACAUACGCCGAGGGAUCUGCAAGGUACUAGCGACACCCAGAACGGAGCCUUGAGCGCGCUUCUGGUGCGGCAGUUGCGGCCUCAGCCGCGGCCUUCACUUGCCACUCCUCACACGCCCAUCACGCCACAUACGCCGAGGGAUCUGCAAGGUACUACACUGGAACCGAGCCUUGAGCGCGCUUCUGGUGCGGCAGUUGCAGCCCCAGCCGCGGCCUUUACCUGCUACGCCGCAUACUCCCAUCACGCCACAUACGCCGAGGGACCUGCAAGGUACUAUACUGGGUAA